UGCCUCCAGUGGACAUUACAUUAAUUGCAGCUUUUUGAUGUCAUGGUAAAAAUUUCAGGGCACUGUUCCUUAGAUCCAAAUAUUUAAAAGGAAGUUUUUUGUUUUUAUCAAAAGCAGUUUUUUGCAUCUAACUUUUGUCUGCAAAGUGCUUUUUUUUGGUAGCAAUGUUCUUGCUCAUGAGGUGAAAUAAAAUAGAUAAAACAAAGUUAAAUCUGUUUUCUUCUGGUGCUGUUUUUAGACUUUUAUCUUUUUAGAAUCUAUUCAUGGCCUCUGUGUGUCUGGUUUAUCAAACUUUGUUUUGCUUUUAUCUGUGCUUUUUUAUUUCUGCAAACAUUCCUGUCACACAUAGCUGCAUUUAAAGAUGGAAAAUCUACAUUAUGGUCAUUUGUUUUUUGUUUCUAUAAAGGGGCCAGAUUCCCAUGAAGAAACCCAACCUCAAAUAUUUAUGCUCCCAUAAAGGGAAUAAAUGCAGAGGCCCAGUUUUGUCUAAGAUGCUCUGUGUGCAUUGCUGAUGGGAGGGUAAGCUGUUUAGUCCUUCAGUUUGAGUCUAACACAUUUCCUUACAGUUGUAGAAAUAACAGUGAGACAGCUUUUACCUGUCUCACUAGUGUUGUAGUUCUCACUUGGGGCCUGUGAGGGCUCCAAGUAAUUGCCUGCCUUGCCUAUCGGCAAGUGGCACAUCUUAAACACCCACACAACUUGGCAAUGAGCUCCACCCAAGGUCCCUGUGGUGGCAGGACCAGUUUAGUUUAGUUUCUUAAAGAGUUGUGUUCGAUAAUGAUCAUUCACAGCCACUAACCUGCAUGUUUUGGAUGUUUCUCUGCUCCACCUCUGCAGAAAUACAGCUGAAUACGUAUUUCAGUCUUUGAAUAAGGUGUGUUGGAGCACAGAAACAGCUUAAACAUGCAGUGGUAGACAGGUUUGGAUCUCAGCAUUUUAAAAAGAUGAGAGGGCCAAUUGCUAUCAGAAUUUCCUUUUAAUUUCCCAGGAUUUGUGUGUUCAUACCACAUCAAAAGUAUACAGUCUUAGCCAAUCAAGGAGGGGCCCCAAAUGCCCAAGCCAAACAAACAAGGUUAUACCUUCUUAGUAGUUUAGUGGUAUGAGCCUCUACCCAAGGACUGGGAAAUCAGGGUUUCAUAUGUGGUUGGGUCAUACUAAAGACUAUAACAAUGGGACCCAAGAGGGAGCCUAAGUCACCCCCAUCUACUUCUGGACCAUGGGUCCCCAGAAGAAUGAAAAAAAUUAAUGCAAGUUAAUGGAGCUAAAAACACUAUUUUCUAAUUCUGCUUAUGUGCCAUGAAUUUCACUUCCAUGAAUUUUAAAGACACAUUCUGAUACCAUGAACACGCUUAUUCUUGAACGGGGGGAAACAUUAUUUUAGGUUUUGUGUUAUGUCCAGGACUACAAAUGCGCAUCACGAAAGUGACGUCGUCAAACCAGACACGGAGAAAAACAGAGAGAAAUGGUGUCACACACGUGCCGGUGAGCGAAGCGGAGAUGAGGUGAGGAUCCACACGCGGGUGAGGAAGGCAGGCAGACAGGUAGGAACGGUUUUACAAUAGGUUUAAUAUCAAGCACGCAGGACAUAGAAACAAUGAACCAACAAGAGACACAGGACUGAAGGGGUUUAAAUACAUGAGGGCUGGGAGCUUGGGUUAUUGGAAAACGAGAGGCAGGUGGGAGCAAUUAACAGAGACACAUGACUAAACAGAAUGGGGAGACAAGACAGGGUGUGACAAAUGGCUGUAAGUUUUGCAAACUUAAAAUCCUUCCUUCAGGAGGAAAAAAAAAACACCAUAAAUGUGGCCAUUUGGGCUCUUGUGUUUAUCGCUCAUGGAGCCGGCGAACACAGUGGUCCAUAUGAUGAGAUUGCUCAGAGACUGAAGGAUGUGUCCUUGCUGGCUUUUGCACAUGAUCACGUUGGCCAUGGACAGAGUGAAGGAGAAAGGAUGAAGAUUAAAGACUUUCAGGUUUACGUCAGGGAUUCCCUGCAGCAUAUCGACCUCAUGAAAUCCCGCCACCCUGACCUUCCAGUCUUCAUCGUGGGACACUCUAUGGGUGGUGCUAUCUCAAUUCUGUCAGCCUGUGAAAGACCCAGUGAAAUUGUUGGAGUGGUUCUGAUAGCGCCAAUGGUCAAAAUGAAUCCAGAGUCGGCCACACCAUUCAAGGUUUUCGUGGCAAAGAUCCUGAACCACAUGCUGCCCAGCCUCCCUCUGGGCUCCAUCGAGUCCAAAUGGAUCUCACGGGACCCACAUCAGGUGGAGGCGUACAACAACGAUGCGCUAAAUUACCAUGGCAGGUUACGGGUGUCCUUCGGCAUGCAGCUGAUGGUGGCGACAGAGCGCAUCGAGAAGGAGAUUCCAAACAUCAAGUGUCCCUUCUUGAUCCUACACGGUGACGCUGACAAGCUCUGUGACAUCCAAGGCUCCAAGAUGAUGUACGAGAACGCUCCAAGUUCAGACAAGAGAAUCAAGCUCUAUGAUGGAGGCUACCAUGCUCUCCAUCAUGACCUUCCUGAGGUGGUUGAGUCUGUGCUGAAGGAUGUGUCUGACUGGAUCACAGAACGACUUCCCGUCGCGACAACGCCGCCGCAGCAGCAAGGCUUGUAGAUUUCUAACUCACAAAGUUCAGUCAGCGCUCCAAGGAAACUCCCGACCUUGUCUAACCGGUCCUGAAGCUUGUCUGGAAUAAGAUACACUACUAUUCCUCGGUUUUGGAGACACUUUCAGACAAAUAUAGAUAAACUUUAAGUCUAUUAGAAAAGUUAAUUAACUCAAUCUUUUGAGUAUCUACUGUACUUUCUCUGUACUGUCAUAGGUCAGACCACUGAUUUCAAACAGUUGAUGGUUUCAGACACUUUUAAUUCCUGAAACUCAGCAGCAGUAGUCAGUUUCCCAGCAGAACUUGUGAUCAGGGAUGUGCCUCUUGUGUUCCAGCCAGUGGGCUUUUUCGAUUACUGCUUUCUUUAUCGACGUAGAACUGCUGUUGUGUGCAGAAAAUCACAUGAAGAUGAAAUAAGCAAGGGUUUCAAGUGCAAUAAUGAAGUUAAACUCAUCUGCAAAUGGGCAUUUCUUUUCUCUUUCUUUUUUUUUUGUUUUCCUCAUCUGCCAUUUACAAAGAGGUCAAAGGUCAGGGCAGCAUGUCUGGAGGAGCUGUCAGAUGAUGAUCCGUUCAGGUUGGCUGACUUGGGACAUUUAUACAACCAGAAUGAAAGUUUGUUUUUACUCCUCUCAGCUGUAUCUUAAUCUUCCUUAAUUGCUGUUUUCCUUUAUGAGCAGAAACUUCUACGUAUUUAUACCAGAUCCUGUCAAAUCCUGACUUCUCCCAUGGGUUUCCUUUGUUUAACCUGAACACAGGUGGCUGCUUAUUUCAUGACAAUUUCUUAAAGGCGCUGAAAUGAUGCAUCAGACGUAUCUCUUUUAAUUAAUAAUAAAUAUUAAAGGAGAUUUUUUAAUACUGAGCCAACCUGAGUCUCACUUAAACAAUAAACAUUUAUUAACCAGGUGUUCUUUUUUAAAUGUUUUUAUCUUUUCGCUUUGUUUUAAUUUAGGCUUGACAUAUUUGCUUGGUAAAUUCAAAGUACCUUAAAGAGCAAGUCACCCCCUACAAGAAACUUACUUCACUCCCUCUUCAUGUUUGAAAAAUGCAACAAAUGCUGUUGCCUAGCAGACCGAGAGGGCGGAGCCGCUAACAAAUACACACACAACACACACACACACACACACACACACACACACACACACACACACACACACACACACAGGCUCACAACGGCAUUGUGACAUCAUAAGGACCAGUUUACAUCAUAGCAUACCUCUUAGCCAAUAGCGGUGGCAGAUUUAAAUUGGAAUGCAGUGCAGAGUUUUUACCUGACAACGGCACAACACUGACAGUUUAAGGCAGAAAAUUACAAUUUUAACUAAAAUGCACUAAAGUACAAAACUAUUAACUACACGUGUCUGCAGCACAAUUAGGCACACAUUUAUAUAGUUUACCAGAAAAAAAAGUUGAUUUGGGGGUGACUUGCUCUUUAAAGAACUUUAAAAGGUAAUAAUGUUAAUUAUAAUAAUUAUAUUAUUUUGGGUGAAAUGCAUAAAGACGUAAAAAGAAGUUGUAUUCUACUGUAAGUCAAGGUCAUAAAGACAUUGUAAAAAAGGACACAUCAAGUUUACUUAUUUAGCACAUAAAUCUUUUUUUUUAAAUAAAAUUAAUAUGUGCCAUUAACCAUGGCAGAUAUAACAUUGUCAUUUCAAAGAGGCUAUGGAUUAUUCUGUCAACUUAUUUAGGGGGUCUGCCGGUGUUGUACCAUAAAAAGCAUCCCUUGCUGUUUGUUAUUGUGCUUAGAGAUGAGCUUUCCUUUAGCCUAAUGAAUUAGCCGAUCAGUUUGCUUACUUCUUAAUUGACAAUCAUGGUAUAAAAUUCAAUUCAAUUCAGUUAAAAAAUACUUUAUUAAUCCCAGAGGGAAAUUGAUUGCUGUAGUAGCUCAGAAUAAUAAUAAUAAUCAAGUCAUCAAAGAGUUAUUGUAUAUUACAAUGGCUGUUGGCAGGAUCUCCAGUAGCGGUCAGUGUUGCAGCGAAACUGAAGAAGCCUCUGACUGAAGACACUCUUUCGUUGUCGGACAGUCUUGUGAAGAGAAUGCUCAGGGUUGUCCAUAUUGUUUUUUGUACUUUAUAUCAGAGAAAUCAAAGCAGUGGUUUUAGCUUAGUCUCUGUUAUUUUCAGCCCUCCCUAACAGCGCUACUCCAUACCUGAAUUCCACUAUGACUAGCAAUAAUUUCAGCUUUUAUUUCUGGUAGCACUCUAAUUAUAGGCUAGAAAGAAAGCCAGACGCUAAGAUCAGCGUUAGGUAUCAUCAUGCAGUUUGUAAUUAGCAGCUACCUGAUGGUUCCACAGAUUCAUCAGUUGUGCGAAAAUACUGAUUAAAAAAAAGUUCAAUGUUUGGGCUUUGUGGAUAAUCUGACCCAAUACCAGCCAUUUGUAGAUUUUGAUAUAUUACGUCUUUUUUAUUUCCAAAAAAUAACAGUGAGCUAAUUCUGUUUUUUUUUUUAUUUAGAUGUUUAACCCCGUAGAGAUUAAAGACUUGUGCAUUAAAAAGACAAUGUAGGGGACAUGGUGUGGUAUCCAUGGUUACUAGUAGUCACAGCAGCAGUCUGACAGCGACGUUUUGUUUUAAUUACAUUUACACAUCUCAUCACCGGGGUGAUUCCAACCAGAAUGGUAGAAUGAGGUGCAUGUCUGCUUUUUUUUCUGCAUCGUGCCAACUUCCCGUCUCUGCUCUGUCUUGUCUUGCCCUGUUUUGCUACGUUUGAUCUGUUUUUAUUUCUUUCUCCUUCAUUUUUUUUACCUCCAAGUGUUAAUGAACGUUCUUUGUUCUGUUUAUCACAUGUGCCAUUGUUUUGCUUCAGAUUGAGACAUCUUGUCUACAAACACCCACAACUGCCACAAACAGCAAACUAUCAGAGCAGCAACAUGCUACAACGCAGAGAUAUGAUAUCUAUAUUUCUUAGGUAUUUUUUUGCCAGACCGUUUUUUCUGGAUCUUUCUCAGAACUGCUUAUCUUAAAGUUCAAGUGUUUUUUAAAUGUUUUUCAAAAGAACACUUUGCAAAUUGCAGAGGAAAGUUUGAUUGAUUGAUUGAUUGAUUGAUUGAUUGAUUGAUUGAUUGAUUGAUUGAUUGAUUAAAACAUGCCCAAUUAAAAAAAAACAGGAAAAGCAAAACUUACAGCAAGUACUAAUAAACAUUCAUUCAUUUGCACAGGUUUUAGAGAAUUUUCUGUCUGAACGACGUGUGUGAGUGAAGGUAUAGUUGGAAAUGCAACCUACUGUAUACCUGAUUCCCUGCAGGAGUCAGACCCUUAUACCCCAACCAGAACUGUGAGCAUUUCAGACACAAUCUCCCCCUAAUUAGGCUGCAACAGGCAAACACAGCACACACACACACAGGCUGCACAGUCCCAGCUGAAUUCAAACACCUAAUGGCUCCCCUGCUGCACCACAUCAGCACAAAGGGUUCAGCUCACGGGGUAAUUCCAAAGCCCUACCUGUCAGACUGCGUGAGUCGAUAUUACUGCUAUUGUUUCCGUGUGAGGAUAGGGACAAGAAUGGGAUGCUGUGAGAGAAUAGAGAGGAAAGAAGAUGACAGUAACCAUGGCAGCACUUUCUUUUUUUUUUCUUCCUGCAAAAAAAGACCUCAGUAAAGACAAAUGGCUUCAUUAAUUCAGUGGGAAGUAUGGCAGACGGUUCUGCGCUCUCAGGGCUUGUUGUCCAUUUGCUGCUCUGAGGAUUCCCUUUUGUGUGAGUGUUGAGAUAAGAGAAGGAAUUACUAGCAUCAUCAGCUCACAGUGAAUAAUGAGAGCUGCAUAGACUCAGUCCCAAACAAAGGACACCAUGUUCAGCUUAUAUAAGGAGGAACAAUGUGCAUUACUCUCUACAUUUAAUGGUGCAUGAAGUAAGAAGGACGUGCUGUGGUCAAAUUUGGGUACUGCAGUCCAUGAAUCAAAACAAACGAGUCUGCUCUGAGCAAUCGUUGCUAGUUAGGGAUCAGCACCAGAAGAUUCCAGACGAUAAAGGUGAAGACGAGUCAUACGCGGUGCAUUGAGAAGUAGAUAAACACAUUUCACCGUAAUAUCAUGUUUUUAGUACUAGAAAAAAAUCUGCUUGAGAUAUUUUUAGAACUGAGUAUUUUAUUUCUAAUUCACCAUUAGCAUUGUUUGCUCAUUGUUAGCCUUUAGCCUACAUUACCCGACAUUAGAUUAAAACAAAAAGGAUGCUGUGGCUUCUUGGGAUCAAAAGAAUUAACUUCUGGGUCGCUCCUUUUACUAGCUUCUGUUUUUUUCCUCAGUGCUGCUGCUCUUUGCCGGCCGGUGUCAAAUUACAAGUGCCAGCACAGACGGGCUCUGGAACAGGGAAGUAUAAAGGAGGGACUGAUUGUAAAACAUGGCAACAACCCUCUGUGACCUUUUAAAAAAAGUUAACAUGGCAACCCUCCAGCCAACUAAGAAUGAAAUCUGAUCCAAUGUAAAAUUCCUUCCAACACGACUGAGACAUUAGACUGUUUUGUAAAUAUUUUGCUGUAAAAACCGUAUUUACGGCUAGUUAAUACUUCUCCAUCUGAGUCGGUGCGUAGACAUUCAACACCAUUAUCUGUUGUUGCAAGGGCUCUCCAACAAAGCUCAAGGCAACAAGGUUGGACGUGGAGCCCAUUUUUCUAAAUAUCUGUCGAAAGCAAUGGAGACCGCAAGCCUGUGAUUGGUCCGGACGCAGCUUCCUCUAACUUUGUUGACAACACUGCCAUUCCCCCUCAAAAAAAUAAAAUGAGAACCGAACGUGUCUAGCGACAGACACGGAACAGAUUGAAGAACGUCUACGGAAUAAAGUCAGACGAUAUAAAUGUUAAUACACCCAUAACUAAAGAAGUACAAAGAUAUGCAGCAAACGUUUUAUCCGUGUCAGGAAAUUACAGGAAACGCGAGUUUAGAGGUGGUGACUGGAUGUAGAGGUGGAGGACAAAUGUGUGUUAAAAAAUCUCUAAAAUACAUAAACACAAUGUAAACACACUAGAUACGUGACUGCAUUGAUGGCAAAAUGAUCUAGUAAAGCUCUACGCUCUCCGCUGUCCUGGUGGAGAAUUGCUUCACAACACAGACACCAACAGAGAAUUAUAAAGGAAAAGGUCUUCGGCAGUACGCGUGCAUGUGAGCGCAAAGUUGCUGACAGAGAAGUAUAAACUCGCCUUCAACGAACAAGAUUUGUGGAACCAGUUGACACAACUUGGUCAAGUAAAUUCAACAUUUCUCUUUUAGAGUGUGACGAUUCUACGGAGACUUUUUAGUUUUGUUUUGUUUUUCACCAACAUUCGUGCAUUCCCCCUCACUCACUUUUUCGGUUUGCAGAUCCUGUCCUCGUCUUCUCAAGCAUUUUCCUUGCCAACUUUCACAUCUACUGCAUUCAGUCUUCUCAUACUAAUUCAGCCGCGUGCAAAUGCUCAGUUAAUGACUUAUAAUCCACUCGACUAAUGAGAUCCAUCUGAGUCAGGACAGAACAAAAGCAGCAAACCACUGAAUCUUAACUCAGCUGCAAUUCAACUGGUCUGGAUCAUCAAUAGGACCUUUGUUUCUUUCCUUUUUUUUCUUGACUUUAUGACUGUUUCUAAGAGAAGAACUGUUAUAUAUGAUGAAGGACCAAUGGGAAACAGGCCAGUCUUUCUAUGGUUUAAUGAGAUUAUCUUGUGCUGGAACGACUCCGUGUUUGCAUGGAUUUAGUCGGUGCUCAAAUUUUGAGCAAGAGUUGAAUUAGAUUUUGCCAAAAUGCUGUGAAUAAAAAUAAACGAACACUUUUCAGGUUGAUGAAGUUCGACUUUUUAAAAGGCAGAUGAAAAAACCGAGAAUCAAACUCUAAUUGAACUCUUGCUGGUUUUACAACUUACUGACUAAAAUAUUUCAUUGUUUUUUGAUAAUCUGUUGUAACACGCUGUGUAUUAACAUCCUCAACACUUGUUUAAAAUACACAAAGAAUGCAUUGUAUUUUUCAUAUAUUUUAUUUAUCUUGUUUAGGAUAUUUUAGAAUAGAGUCUUCAUCUAUUGGAUGUACUGAUGACACAAUGACAUUUUUACACCAUAAUUCUGUCAUGUUUCUGUUACUCGACUGUUUUUGUGCUUGUCACAAAUCCUACAAAUGUAUUAAAUGGCUAUGUGGUUUAUUUGUAUAAAUAAAAAAAAGAAAUAAAUGCCUUGAUACUAAAAAUGAACCCUCAUUCAGUUUAAAUUUGAAUGUAUAAAACAGCAGAUUCUGUUUUUUGGGGAGGACGAAAUAAUCCCAAAGUGGUUGGCAGAGUUUCAAAAUUAAAUGAAAGAAUCUUCCCAAUAUUACAUAACAUUUUAGAUUUGAGCACAUUAAUUUUAUUCAAUUUGUCCAAAACUAAAAAAAAAUUAAAUUAUGUAAAUUUUAAUUCCUAAACUGAAAAAUAUGGCAGAAAUGUUUUGUUUUAUUUGGCAUUUGUGUUGCUAAGUGCUGUAUAACUGAGUGGUGUCAUUGUGUCAUUUGUGCCUUAUUACUAAAAUGAAUGAAUGUAUUACUUUUGCAUGAAUCCAUAAGUGUAUCUUCAUGUUUGUGGCUCAGAUAAAGAAGAGUUUUCUUUGGUUGUGUUUUGUCUAUCUUCUUUAUUUACCUCAUUCCAUUUACUGCAUCAUAAUCUAAUUUAUGUUGUGUUUAUGCAGAUAAACCAGUUCUUGGCACACUAUUUGUAAUAUUUGCACUUUUCUCAAAAAAAGAAACAACAUUUUAUUAUUCAAUGCUGGUCAUAAUUAUUGGAAAAGUCAAUGUUUCAUUUAAAUGGGGAAAUUUUGAAAAUAAUUGUAAUUGUCUGUAUAGAUAAAACGUUAUCAAUAGAAGGGAUUUUAUAGUUAACUGUCCUAUAAGACGCGCGGGAGGGUCAGCACUGCAAGGACUGCACCCAUUUUUUUAAGCAAUAUGAAAAGUGAAAAUGAAAAAAAUAUUGACUCAUACGUGCACGUGCGUCUCAGAUUUCUUAAAAGGGAGUUCAUAAAAGCAUCAUCCUGACUUAGAAAAAAAACAUUUUUUUUGUCAUUCUUGAGUCUUCCUUGUAAAAGUCUGUGUUUGUUUGACCAGGCUGAAGGACGUUAUUUUCAACUAACUCAGUGCAGAUGUUUAUCUAUCAUGUGACAUAUGUGCAAUGUUGUUUGUAUACCCCUAAAGAUGUACUCCAAAUCAUAAGUCAAUUAAAAUUCAGGUAAUAAAUCAUCGUCUCGUAAAAAGUCUUGUACUUUUCACUAAUGCACUGAAACCACUUGUCAAGUUGAGGAUCAGCAAUUGACCGUCGGCAUCGAGUGUGACAACAUUUUUGUACAUAAGAGUAUAAUAUGGGGAUUAACUGGAUCUCUGAAUGUCAAAUGAUUAAUUGCUAAACUGUUAAUAAAAGUUAAUUCACUCUAUCAGAAUAAA